CUGCACCUCGAUCCCAACGAGUACUAUGGCGGCCCCGAGGCGGCUUUCAGCCUGCAGGAGAUGGAGGAAUGGGUAGCCUCCAACGCCGCCGCCGCCGAUGCCGACGACUCCGCCCGAAGCGUCUUCUCCUCGGCGAGCAUCACAAAGUCGGACAGCGGCGUCUCGUCCCCGCGGGCGUACUCCCUCGCCCUGGCGCCGCAGAUCGUGCACACCCGCUCGGCGCUGGUCACCCAGCUCGUCGACUCCCGCGCGUACCGGCAGAUCGAGUUCCUCGCCGUCGGGUCCUUCUUCAUCUACACCCCGUCAGAAGGCGGUGAUGGCGCCGCCUCGAUCGUGCCGAUCCCCUCCACCCGCGAAGCCGUCUUCUCCACGACCGCGAUACCGGCGAGGGCGAAGAGGUCGCUGAUGAAGUUCCUCAAGUUCGUCUUCGACUACGAUUCCGAGGACAACCGCGUCACGUGGACUCCUCACGCGGAUACACCGCUCGCGGAGUUCCUGGCCAAGGAGUUCAAGCUCGACGCGGCGCUGCAGACGUAUAUCGUCACCCUCACCCUCAGCCUCGACGGCAAGAUCUCCACCAGCGCCGGCCUGGCUGCCAUCCACCGCCACCUUUCGUCGAUGGGUGCCUUCGGACCGGGCUUCGCCGCCGUCUACCCCAAAUGGGGCGGUCUGUCCGAGAUCGCGCAGGUAGGCUGCCGCGCCUGUGCUGUUGGCGGGGCGGUCUACAUGCUGGGCACUGGUAUGAAAGCCACGCGCCCGCUGGAGGCCCAGGAAGAAGGCGCCAAGUUCGAGGUGGACUUGACCAGCGACGUGACGGUGAAAACCCGCACGCUGGUCCGCGGUGCCGAGGACGUCCCACAAGACGCGCAACGCGUUAGCAGGUUGACCGCGGUCAUCGACUCGCCGCUGUCAUCUCUCUUCCAAACUGCAGUCGAGGGAGCACCGACACCUGCGGUGGCAGUCGUCGCAAUUCCCGCCGACUCGCUUAAGAACGCCACCUCUCCAUCCCCCAUCUACGUCUUUGCUCACUCGAGCGAGACGGGAGAGUGCCCAACUGGUCAGAGCGUUCUCUACUUCGUCACACCAAAGUCCGCCACCUCCGGCGAAGCCUUGCAAAAGGCCCUGGACGCUCUGCUCUCUGCUCUCGGCGAAGGUGACAACCAACCGCAGGCCAUCUACAAGGUCGCGUACGAGCACGCCCGCGCGUCUACGUCGGCUUCGACGCUUGCGGAUGAGUCUCUCGUCAUGGCCAGCCUGCCGCUGGAUCUUGCUUUCAGCGACUCCGCCCUCGAGCCUGUACGGGAUACCUGGACGAAAGUCAUGGGUGUCGCGGCCGAGGAUCCCGACGUCCACUACAUGAAGUUCGAGGAUCGCGAGGGUGUCGGCGAUGAUGACGAUGUCUACGAGUAG